AUGAGCGAAGAAACAAUUAUCCUAGAUAAUGGUUCGUUUGAAAUCAAAUUCGGGCUCCGGGGUCAAAAAGAGCCGUAUCGAGCUCUCAAUUGCCUGACCAAAGACAAAUACGGCAAUUACCACUUGUCAAAUCAGGUUCGGUCUCUUAAAGAUAUAUCAUCAGUCACUAUACGGCGGCCGCAUGAGCUGGGUCAACUCACUUCUUGGGAGCUAGAGCAUCAUAUCUGGGAUUAUUGUUUUUUCAAUCCAGAUGAAUUCGGUGGAUGGCAGCUUGGCAAAACGAAGGACAAACACCUGAUAGCGACUGAGACUUGCAUGACGAUUCCAGAACUGAGUAAAAACAUGGAUCAGGUCGUUUUUGAAGAGUACGAAUUUGGCAGUUUGUUCAAAGCGCCCACUGCGGCUUUUGUGCCUUUCAAUCACCAGAGCGACGAAAUGUCGUAUUUCUCCGCUAAAGAGGAUUUCCCCGAAACGGAGUUGGCGCCUGCAAGCGAAUAUAACGAUUUUCAAUUAGUGGUCGACUCAGGCUUCAAUUGCACCUGGAUCGUACCAAUAAUUAAAGGCAUACCGUACUACAAGGCUGUAAAGCGUCUUGAUAUCGGAGGCCGAUUUCUGAACGGACUGCUCAAAGAAACGUUGUCAUUUCGACACUACAACGUGAUGGACGAAACGUUACUGGUUAACAACAUCAAGCAACAUUGCAUUUUCGUGAGCCCCGUGUCAUAUUUCGACAGCUUCCAGAACCGGCUACGUACCAGCAAAGAAUACGUGUUACCGGAUUUCCACACGAGUUUCCAAGGAUACCUCAGAAAGAGGGGCCAAGAACUGCCCGAGAACUCGCAGACCAUUACGUUGCAAGACGAACUGUUUUCCGUUCCGGAAACCUUUUUUCACCCAGAGGUCGCUUCGCUCACGAACCCGGGACUCAUAGAAACUAUACUGGAAAGCAUAUCGAUGGUACCGGAGACAAUAAGACCGCUGAUGGUUGGAAACAUUGCACUGAUUGGGGGAAAUUUCAACAUCCCUAAUUUUCCAGAGCGGCUUUUGACGGAGCUUCAGCGACAAUGUCCGACAGACUGGUCCUGUCGCGGGAUGGUACCCUCUGGAGACAAAGCGCUUUACGGCUGGGAGUCGAUGUGUCAGUUUGCAAAUACCGACGCUUACGUAAGGGCAAGAUUUACAAGAGAAGAAUACAACGAGCAUGGUGCAGAUUGGUGCACCAGGAACCGGUUUGGGUACAUGAAAUGGAUGUGA